AGUCGGGGAACGCUCUACACUUUACCAGACUUUGACAAAACAUUCGGACUCAGAGAAUCCUUCACCACUCAACAGCAGACCAUGCUGGAGAAAGAAUUCAAGUUACUGAGAGAGCUGGCAUCUAACCUUACAGAAGCGACAACUUCACACGCACUGCUUCCAGAGAACUUCGAUAUUCUUCCCGGAAAUAAUUCGAGGCCGUAUCUGUGUACACCUGUCCAGAAGCGGAAUGACUACAUCAACGGAGUAUUUCUACCAUCAACUCUGCAUCUGUCAAGCCUGAUCGUCACCCAGACCCCGCUACCAGACACUGUGGCGGACUUCUGGAGACUUGUGUAUGACCAUGACUGUUUCACCAUCGUCUGUCUGGAUGACGCACAGGAGACAGCCGGAAUGUACCCUGAACAAAACAAAGUGAUGAAAAAGGGGCCAUUCAGUGUUGUGCAGGUUGAAGCGGAUUCAAACAGAGAAUUCUACAUGGAGAAGAAGUUAACCCUUGCUCAUGGCGAGCAGAACAGCGAGAAGUCGGUCACUUUGUUUUGUCUCCAAACACUGGACAUGCUGACCAACACUGAAACACUUCAUGAGCUGGUCAGUAGAGUGGACAAGAUCAUCAGCUGUGCUGACCACAAGGUUCUGGUGCACUGUCAUGACGGCGCCGGAGCGAGUGGUGUGUUCUGUAGCGUCCUGAACAUCAUCACCGGGUUGAAGUUGGACAGAACAGUGGACAUUUUUCUCACCAUUCGGGAACUACAGCGUGUUCGACCCCAGUUCAUACAGACCCUUGAUCAGUUCAAGCUGUGCUAUAACAUGGUGAAGGAAUACAACCGUGAUUCCAACGUCUACGGCAAUCUGUGAUAAAUAUGCAACAACAGUUCCACGUAAACAGAACAACAAACUGUCUGAAUCAGACAGUAGAUGAAAUUACAUGUACUUUGUCUCAUUCUUUACGUCUUGUACAUACUGUGUCCAUGGUAACAGAUGAUGUAUUUUUACCCAAUAAGCGACGUAAAGUAAAUACAUUUUUACUGUAUCGUUUACUUUGAUACAACCGUUGCGAAUCUCAGUUGUAUCCCCCACCUUCUUUAUUCUAUCCAACAAAUGUAAACUUCAAUCUUCAGAAAUGAUCUAGGCAGGGACACCAGACUUUAGCCUUCAGUACAAGAGUGCCUUCAUUCAAAUGUCGAUUUAUACCACUUUUCAAUUUGUUGAUCCUCGGGUGCAUUUACCCAUAAUCUGUAUAUAGACAGGUGCCUUGCAAAGUUUUUUCGUUUUGUUUUGUAUUUUUGUUUUUUGUUAUUUGUUUGUUUUGUUUCGUAUAAAAUUAAAAUAGCUCCGAGUUCACAGACACUUUGUAUUUCCCCAAUCUCAACGACACACAUCGUAUUAUAUAUCCCAACUCCCUGGGGACCAUACAACUCUUGCAGCCACUAGGCGCACCAAGUUAAUGUGGCUUUUCCAUCCGUACGAGGUACCCAUUCACAUCUGGAUGGACUGGGACACUACUUUGUCCAAGUUUACUGCACGUUGCUCUACACGCAACUAGGUGUGUGCACCUAUUCAUGUGGUCACCAUCCGGUCAUAUACCAACGGAUUCGUGGGUUCUUUUAAGUGCACAGGUUUGUGUACUGUACGCUAGGGGUUGUGACAACACUGAAAGAGUCUGCACACAGACUUGACUCCAAGGUUUUUACACCCGUUCACAGCUGGGCUCAAUCAUAGCACCUCAAGCUCGAUCACCAGACUGGCGCCUCGUUCG